GUUUAUCUGGCAUGACAUCACUGUCACCAGACUAUCGACAGUCCGGAGCCCCGCCGGCGAGCUACGCAGCUUGGUUCUAGUGACAGAUGGCCGAUAGAGAGGCAGAAUGUCUCUCCAUUGUGGCAGCCUACCUCCGGCGCAAUGGCUUCGCGGAGACUUUGACAGCACUGACUCAAGAAGCUGGAUUGUCAGCUUUAUCGCUCGAGACGACAGUGAGCCUCGAGGAGCUCAUCGACCGACACCUCUCGGCUCGACUGGUGGAAGAAGAUGCUGCGAGCGAGCCUUCGCAGGAUGUGCUCGAGCAAGAGGCAUGCCCGCCCUGGCCGACACGGGUCACAAAGUCACUCAUGACAAUCCAUGCGACCAAUGUCCUUAGCGUCGUCGCCCAUGACUUGCCGAGAAGGACAUUUGAUACCUCCACUGCAACGUACAAGCACGAGCACAUCCCUUGCUUUGUGACAACGGCGGCAGACAAGACGAUUAAAUUCGUUAAUCUGCAGACUUACGAGUUGGAAGAGAUGUACUCGCCAGCUGCCGGCCCGACGCUUUGCGUGACUUUCCAUCCGACUCAUCCUCAGCUCAUGCUCAGCUCGGCCAUGGACGGCACAGUCACGCUCACUGAUCUCAUCGCGAGACAAACUAUGCAGACAAUGAAGAACCAUUCGCGCUACGUGGUCAAGACGCUCUUUGAUGACUCUGGAAGAUGGCUAGCCUCGCUGGGUUAUGAUAAGCAAGUAGUCUUGUACGAGCUGGAGCAAGUCACGCUAGACGAGGACGAAGAUACGCCCAGCACGCACUGCAGCAUAUCAACAGUCUCGUAUGUCAAACGAUGGAGCAAGCAACUGGGCAAGAAUGUCGAGGCUGGACUCUUCGUUGGUCAAACUCACUUCGUCUUCACUUGCCGAGACGAUAACCAUCUGCAAUACGUCUCCCUCAAAGACAGUUUCGCCAUCAAGCUCUACAAUCUCAAUGAGCUACAAGACUCGCACAUCUCCUUCUCGAUCCUUGCAAUGACCUGGCAUCCGUCGAAGCAGUACAUCUCAUUGCAGACCGACACGCGCAUCUCCCGAAUCAUCCUUGUACCGCCGCAUUCGUCAGAACGCGUGCGGACCAUCUAUACAUCGGCAGAGCAAAGCGAGUGGUCUGUGCCCAGGCACCACUGGCUGUCCAGGGGUACGCUUGUCGCUCUGACGUCCGACGAUGGUAUCGUUCGUCUGGUCGACAUGAAAGGUCGCGUCAUCAGCAGCUACAACGCCCACGGUCCUCUUGCGCCGGUACCGGUUGACGACAGCCGAGAAGAAGCGCCGGUGUAUAGCAGCACGUCUGAAGUCGUCAGAGCGCGCCAAGAGGCAGAAAGAGGCAGCUCGAUCGUUCGUGAUAUAACGGUCCUGGCAGACGGCACGAUCAUCUCUGUCGGUUUCGACAAGACCGUCCGGAUCGCUCGCCCAUACAUCUGACUGAAUCGCCAGGAGGGGAUUGGUGUGCAGCCUAUCGCCGGGCACGAUCCUGAGCAGCUAGCUUGCGUCGAGCUCGAUACUUG